CACACUUGAUAUUCUGUGCUAACAAAACAAAAACGUCUGCCUUAUUUUACAGAGAAAUUUUUUUUACAAAUUUUCAUUGUAAUUUGUAAUAAAAAAGCGACUUUUUACCAUCGUAGAUAAAAAUAAAGUAAAGAUUCUCGUUUUGCCUAUUUACGAAACAGUAAAUUUAUCACUAAACCGUGCGAGCAGCAUGUAAUAAUUAGAAUUUCUUAUAUCCGAUUACAAUUUUCUAAAACUUGAAUUCCUGCGAUAGGAGUUUAGUGAAGAGAUAAAAAUGUCCAACAAUUUCUAUCCAAACAAUUGUCAUAUAUGCAAGAAAGCAACAAAUCUAAAGAGAUGCAGUCGCUGCAACAUGAUAUCGUACUGCGGCGAAGUCCAUCAAAAGGAACAUUGGGACAAGCACAAGGAGAUGUGUCGAAUAUUAACCGAAAUAACGCGACAAAAAAAGCUCACUCAUCUCUACGAGGAUUUACAGGGAUGCAAAUUAUUUCAAUGGAUUUCAGCACGCGAUGAAAUGAAGAAAAAAGUCUCCUCACUAUUGGGUCGUGGUCUCGAGAGUUACGAAAGAGAUAUGCUUCAAUAUCCCCGCUCAUGUUUCGAGUGUUUCGACACAAGACAAGAUAAUUUAAUAAAUUGCUCUCAAUGUCCAUUGGUCUCGACAUGUAAACGUCAUCCACGCUCCGCAUUGCACGAAAUCUGGUGCAGUGAAAUGAAAUAUUGCCACAGCGUUGACAAUGCUUUGGCGGAUUUUCAAGAGUCUUUGAAGCACAUACUUGGAUUGUUGUUCUAUCCACCGAGUUUCAAGAAACUACCAACGUCGACUCAGGAAUAUUUCGAUAAAGUUUUGAAACCCUAUCCGGAAUUAAACGACGAGGGUGUGAUUUACGCCUCGACGUUUGUUUACCUGCCCUUGACGAUUUUUGGAGCUUUGGAAAAAUUGAAUAAAACAUCAGCGAAAACAUUGAGAAUUUAUGUCGACGUUGUGGAUAAAAUUGAUCUCUUUCGAAUGUUUGGCGAGACUCUAUUUCACUUGAUGCCUGAAUUGGAGAAUUUAACCGUGAACACAAUAACUGGAAAAGUUUCCUGUGAAGAGGUGGCACUUUGCAAAAAAUGCAUCACAAAAAAGAAGAAACUAAUUCUCCAGCAAUUCACAAUGCAAUCAAUGACUAAAUUCAAUUACAAUUCGAUUGAUCUCGCGAUCUUUAAUAAACUAGAUCCACCCGAUACUCGAGACAAUAGAUUCAAUGUAUUCACCCAAUUUCGCGACGUUUGGAAUAAAUACUCCUGUCCAUUGGUUUUAACAUCAAAUACAAAAUUUGAAGCCGAACGUAUUAAAGAUGCAUAUUCAUUAUUUUGCCCCUAUCGAGGUAUUAUUUACGAAGGUAAAAAUAAUUUUUCCGGCAUAUGUCCGUUUAGAAUGUGGCAAGACUGGAUCAUUGGAAGACAAUCACAAUUUAUGUUAAUUUCCGAGCCGACGAUAAAUAUUCCGAAUGAAGACACUCCGACAACAUCGUAUGAAAUGGAUGGGUUUCAAGCUAGUGCAGAGAAAAUUUUUAAGAAAUUCAAUCCUGGCACUUGUCAUGUGUGUAAAUAUCAUAAUACAUCGACAAUGUGUACACGUUGUAAAAUGAUUUUCUACUGCGGCAAUAAUCAUAUGAGAAUGAAUCAAAUGGAUCAUAAGGAGAUGUGUAAAGUCAUAUUGGGAAUGAUGAAUGAAAAAGGAACACCGCAUCUUUUCGAUAAAUUACAAAAUACGAAUGAGGAAUUAUGGUUGGAUGCAAGGGUCAACUUUAUGAAACAGGCGAAAUUAAAAUUGAAUCGAGAAUUAUUGAAUUUUGAGAAGCAGAUAUUUUUGUUUCCAAAGACGUGCUUUGUUUGCCAUGAAAGCGAUUUGAGUGUGCUGAAAACAUGCGAAUGUAGUGUGAGUCUCUGCAAGCUUCACAGAGAGGACGUUGAACACAAAAAUCUCUGCAAAGAUUUUCAAUUGUAUUUAAAAAUGGAGAGCAAUAAGGAAAAACCAGCCGAACCAUUCACAAUAACAGCCGCAUUGAGAAGGAACAAAACUAAAACUCUCCCCUCAUCAAUUGGAAAAUUUAUGGAUCAAUAUUUCCUUCUAAAGAGUUAUAAUGAAGAAAGACAAAAAAUUAUUGUCUCCGAUCUCCUAACACGUCCACUAACAUUUGUCUAUGCCGUUGAAAAAUUGAAAUUUCAAGUACCAAAGGAAAUUUGCAUUCACAUCGUUGGCGCAACAUGCGAGGAAUUCGAUCACGUUGGCUAUUGGCAGACAUUAUUCUAUUGGUUCGGUAAAUUACAAUUUCUCCUCAUUGACUUUAUUGGCAACGAUAUUGUUGAAUAUGACGAGGUCUAUUUCAAAAGUCCCUACAAAUUACCCGAUUUCAGUCUCGAUGGAAAGCAAUUGAGUUUGAAUUCGUACAGAGGACGCUACGACGACUAUGUAAAGAGUAAAGUUUACUCAAAGCCGGAUAUUAUAAUUGGUUAUAAUUUGGGUUUACAUGAGAGUAAUUAUGAAAUUUCCGAUUCAACCUGGAAGGAGACGUUGAUGGUGAUUAGUGAAAUGAACGUACCGUUUAUUAUCACUGCACAAACGGAGAAACGAGGAAGAAAGGAGCACGAAAUGUUGUGUUCACUUUUGGGGAAGAAAAUUAAUUGGGAAAUUUCGGAGAAAAAUCCCUAUGGAAGUUUAAUUCCCGAGAGAGAUUUCGAAACGGAGAGAUUGUGCUAUUCGAAUAGUCAUGUGAUUGCCUAUAGGGAUUUUAAUGAAGUGCAUGAAGUGAAAAUUGCCGAGAGUGUGGAGGAGGCUUCAGCAACUUCAAAGGGGAAGAAGAAGAAAAAUAAGGGAGGAAAAGGUAAAAAUUCUGCCACGAAGGAAUGUCAAAUUGAGAAGGAAGCAAAGGAAAAAGAAGUAACAGAGCUGAAGAAAGAAGAGAAAAAAUGCGUCGAGGAUUUAGACAACAAGGCACAAGCUGUUGUUGUCAAUGAAGAAAUAGUGAAGGAGAAUGUACAACUACACGAGGAAAAUAAAGUACUUCAGGAGAAAUUAAAUCUUGUGCAGGAAAACGAUCGGCUUAAGGAUGAACUAAAAAAGCUUAAAAUUUAAAAUUAAGCAAAUUACUUGAAAAUCUUUAAGCGACAAAAGAUUUCAGUUUAUAUUUAGAAAUAUAUAAAUCUAAUUUUUACUUAUUGAAAAUUCAUUCUUAUCUAUCUGAAGUAAAAAACAAUAUUUUUAUUCACUAUUUUACAUACUAAGAUAAUGAAAAUUAUUUUUCACUUCAGAUAAUUUAAAAUUAAUCUCAAAAGAAUAACUUUUCCAAACAUAAACAAUUUUUAUUAACUAUUUUACAUGCUUAAAUAGUUAAUUAAAAUUGUUUUUCACUUUAGAUAAUUCAAAAUGAAUCUCGAAAGAAAAACUUUCCCAAACGCAAACAAUUCUUAUUAACUAUUUUACAUGCUAAAUAAUUAUUUAAAAUUGUUUUUCACUUCAAAUAAUUCAACAUGAAUCUCAAAAGAAAAACUUUACCAAACAAAUAUUUUCCAAACCUAUAUUUUUUUCCCCUGCCUAAGGUCUGCGUCACAUAUUUUGAAUUAAUUCCUUCCUUCUAAUUUGAAUCGUCAGAAAAUUUUCAUUUUUCUAUAUUUACAGAGUUUGUUAAAAUAUAUAGAAUCUAUUUUUUUUUUAUUUUUUGCGAAACAGUAUUUUUGGUUUAUUUUGUUAUAUUAACCAAGUUCUGAGUAUUAUGAAAAUACUUGUAAUUGUAAUUCAAGAAAGGGAAAACUUGAAUGUAUUAAGAAAACUUGUGUUCAAUAAAGUUAUAUACUUUCAUAAAAAA